CUCGCCUCCCUUCGCAAGAGAAUGACAACCCCAAGCAGAUCCAAAAAGGACAAAGAGAUUGUAGCCGAGUAUGAAAGUCAAGUGAAAGAGAUUCGAGCUCAGCUGAUAGACCAACAGAAAUGUAUGGAACAGCAGACUGAGAUGAGGGUGCAGCUUCUUCAAGACCUACAGGAUUUCUUCCGUAAAAAAGCAGAAAUAGAGACUGAAUACUCUCGGAAUCUAGAAAAAUUAGCAGAAAGAUUCAUGGCAAAAACAAGAAGUACCAAAGACCAUCAGCAAUACAAGAAAGACCAGAAUCUGCUAUCACCAGUAAACUGUUGGUAUUUACUGCUCAACCAAGUGAGACGGGAAAGUAAAGACCAUGCAACUUUGAGUGAUAUCUACCUGAACAAUGUCAUCAUGCGCUUUAUGCAGAUAAGUGAAGAUUCCACCAGGAUGUUCAAGAAGAGCAAAGAAAUUGCAUUCCAGCUUCAUGAGGAUUUAAUGAGGGUUCUUAAUGAGCUUUAUACGGUCAUGAAAACAUACCACAUGUAUCAUACAGAGAGCAUCAGUGCAGAAAGUAAACUAAAGGAGGCUGAGAAGCAAGAAGAAAAACAAAUUGGAAGGUCAGGGGAUCCUGUUUUCCAUAUUCGGCAUGAGGAAAGACAUCAGAGGCGGAGUUCUGUAAAGAAAAUUGAAAAAAUGAGGGAAAAACGUCAAGCAAAAUAUUCUGAAAACAAGCUGAAAUCCAUUAAAGCCAGGAAUGAGUAUCUGCUAACUCUUGAAGCAACAAAUGCUUCUGUAUUCAAGUAUUAUAUUCAUGACCUUUCAGAUUUGAUUGAUUGUUGUGAUCUUGGAUAUCAUGCAAGCUUGAACAGAGCCUUAAGAACAUACCUCUCUGCAGAAUAUAAUCUUGAAACCUCUCGACAUGAGGGUCUGGACAUCAUUGAGAAUGCUGUUGACAAUUUGGAACCACGAAGUGACAAGCAGAGAUUCAUGGAGAUGUAUCCUACAGCCUUUUGCCCUCCAAUGAGAUUUGAGUUCCAGCCCCAUAUGGGUGAUGAGGUUAGUCAGGUCAGUGUCCAGCAGCCAGUCCAAGGGGAACUCAUGCUUAGGUAUCAGCAGUUACAGUCACGACUGGCCACGCUGAAAAUUGAAAAUGAGGAGGUUAAGAAGACAACUGAAGCUACUUUACAGACUAUACAGGACAUGGUCACCAUUGAGGACUAUGAUGUUUCUGAAUGCUUUCAGCAUAGUCGCUCAACUGAGUCUGUGAAGUCAACAGUUUCCGAGACUUAUUUGAGCAAGCCUAGCAUUGCAAAGAGAAGAGCUAACCAGCAGGAGACUGAGCAGUUCUAUUUCAUGAAGUUCAGAGAGUACCUGGAGGGAAGCAAUCUCAUCACGAAGCUUCAAGCAAAACAUGAUUUACUGCAACGAACGCUUGGAGAAGGUCAUAGAGCAGAAUACAUGACCACAAGCCGAGGACGAAGGAACUCCCACACAAGACAUCAGGACUCUGGAAAACUAAUUCCUCUCAUAGUAGAAAGCUGUAUUCGAUUUAUCAACUUAUAUGGUCUUCAGCAUCAGGGCAUUUUCAGAGUAUCUGGCUCCCAGGUGGAAGUCAAUGACAUUAAAAAUUCAUUUGAGAGAGGUGAAAAUCCUUUGGCAGAUGAUCAAAGUAACCAUGACAUUAACUCAGUUGCUGGAGUACUGAAGCUCUAUUUCCGGGGGCUGGAGAACCCUGUCUUUCCUAAGGAAAGAUUUAAUGAUCUUAUUUCUUGCGUCCGAAUAGAAAAUCUCUAUGAGAGAGCUCUUCACAUACGUAAACUCCUGCUUACUUUGCCCAGAUCUGUCCUUAUAGUGCUGAGAUAUCUCUUUGCCUUCCUGAAUCACCUUUCGCAGUACAGUGAUGAAAAUAUGAUGGAUCCUUACAACCUGGCCAUUUGUUUUGGCCCAACGCUAAUGCCUGUUCCAGACAUACAAGAACAGGUGUCAUGCCAGGCUCACGUGAAUGAAAUAAUCAAAACUAUCAUCAUUCAUCACGAGACCAUUUUUCCAGAUGCUAAGGAGCUUGAUGGCCCGGUUUAUGAAAAAUGUAUGGCAGGAGAUGACUACUGUGAUAGUCCUUAUAGUGAACAUGGUACCUUAGAAGAAGUGGACCUGGAUGCUGGUACAGAGCCACACACCAGUGAGGAUGAAUGUGAACCAAUAGAAGCUAUUGCCAAGUUUGAUUACAUAGGAAGAUCUGCACGAGAGCUCUCCUUCAAAAAAGGAGCCUCCCUGCUUUUAUAUCAUCGAGCUUCUGAUGACUGGUGGGAAGGAAGACAUAAUGGAAUUGAUGGCCUUGUGCCUCACCAAUACAUAGUGGUUCAGGAUAUGGAUGAUACGUUCUCAGAUACACUGAGCCAGAAAGGAGAUAGUGAAGCCAGCAGUGGGCCAAUCACAGAGGACAAGUCUUCAUCUAAAGAUAUGAAUUCGCCAACUGAUCGUCAUUCUGAUAUCUUCUUAGGAAGGCAACGCAAGAAAAACGAACUCCCACUUCCUGGGAGACGCCCUGGCAGGACCAGUGAUGGGCACUGUCCAGUUCAUCCGCCACACAGCCUUGCUAAUUCAUCGCUGGAGUUAGGCUCCCCCAGUAUGGCAAGCCACAGCACUUCCCGAGCUGUCCUUCAAAACCGCAGCCUCAAUACAGACAGCCCAGAGAGGAGGCGUAGGCCUGGUCAUGGCAGCCUGACCAAUAUUAGCAGGCAUGAGUCACUGAAGAAAAUCGACAGCCCUCCAAUUAGGAGAUCGACGUCAUCUGGCCAGUACCCAGUUUUCAAUGAUCACAAACCACUGGACCCAGAAUCAAUUGCUCAGGAUAUUGAAGAAACAAUGAACACGGCUUUGAAUGAACUCCGAGAACUGGAGCGUCAGAGUUCUGCAAAACAUGCACCGGAUGUAGUGCUGGAUACCUUGGAACAAAUGAAACAUUCUCCUUCUAGCACCACCUCAACAGAAUCAUUGAGCCCAGUUCACAACGUCAUGUUAAGAAGCACUGAGCCUCAUAUUCGACGUAGCACUAGCUCUUCUAGUGACACCAUGAGUACGUUCAAGCCCAUGGUGGCACCCAGAAUGGGAGUGCAGCUGAAACCACCUGCACUUAGGCCAAAACCCAUAGUUCUUCCAAAAACAAACCCAAGCAUUGGCCCUUCCUCUUCAUCCCAAGGUCCAGCAGACAAGUCCUGCACCAUGUAAAGAUGAAGCAGCUCACGUGACGAGCAUGGAGUGACCCGCCGAGAGGAUGGAUUGCCGGUAGCUGUCUUGUGGUUCCAUAACUCCUCUGGUUUAUGUUUAUAAUGGGGAAAGUUUUGUUUUUAAUGUAGCAUCUCAACAUUAACAUGGGCAUUUAACAUGGGUUCAGUUUUUAAACUGGACAGUUCUGUCUGUC